AUGCCCAUUCGUAGGAUUGACAUAAAAAGUUUUGCAAUAUCGAGCGGUUUGCAAUCGACAACUAUAGCAAACGCUUUUAUUGGUCAGCUACCCACACGUCUCAUUCUAGGUUUUGUAUCUAAUGCCGCCUAUAAUGGAAGCAUCAACAGAAAUCCUUUUAAAUUUCAUCACUAUAACCUAAACUACCUAUGCAUAUUAAAUGGGGGACAGAUGAUACCUUCCAAACCCUAUCAGCCCAAUUUCGAAAAAACAUUUUAUGGGCGAAGUUAUUUAAGCAUCUUUACAGAUUUAAAUCGAUAUCAUUCAAGCCCCAACAUUAAUAUCUCCUUUGAUGAAUACAAAGAUGGGUAUACAUUAUAUGCCGUUGAUUUGACUCCAGAUAUGGCAUCUAAUGAAAGCCACGUAAGCAUAAAUAAGAGCGGAAACAUAGCCAUUGAUAUCAAAUUUGCAGCGGCCUUGCCAGAAACAGUUACCCUGAUAGUCUAUGCUGAAUACAGGAACAUAAUUGAAAUAGACAAGUCACGCGGAGUCACGACAGAUUAUUAA